AUGGCACCUACGCCUGUACAGCCGGCUCAAACUGAUGAGCACCAAUACUGGACCGAUCCCAUUCUUUGCGAGGAAACUCGAGCCAGACUGGAACAUUUUCGCAGUCUUGGAUGGCUCCCUCCAAACUUUAAGCCAAAGACCUUAGAAGGCAUCGCUGUCGUCGAACGUUAUUGGCGAAAAUAUUGCAUUCAAUCGAACGAGGAUUAUGUGGACUUUCUUCUUUUGGAGGAUCAGACGAUCUACAUGAACUUUUUUGAUUGGAUGUUUAAAACAUCACGAAAGAAACUGCUUCAGUCGUAUGAUGAAUACUGGCGACGUCUUUGUCAAUACUUCGAGCUAUUCGCCCGUCGCCGCGUCGGUGAGGAUGCCCGUCAACAGAUGCGACGAUUUCUCGAAGGUGUAUUCCCAGCCGAGCGCAAAAUUCCCCGACGAACAAAGGACAAAAAUACUCUAGAUGUGGAUGCUUUUGGCGUGAUUUACCGACAUCACUGGGUCCAUUCGAGAUUCUUCCGUCACGGGAGCAUGAUUGUUCAGUUUGCUACAGUCCAGCUUUGGUCCGCCAUUACAGGCACGCGACCUGGCGUCUUGCUUCCUCAAGACACCUCGUCGCCUGGCAAUCCAGUUUUGGGCAAACGCAAACGGGAUGACACCUUCCAGAGUGAUCUUCCAAAGCACAUUUCCUUGAAAGACCUUCCGGACUCGGUCUGCUAUCGCGAUAUCGAACUUUUCUACCUGAAAGACCUUCAAAGUAAACGUGAUGUCCUCUGUGCCAUCAUCGAGUUUCGCAACCUCAAAGGUCGACCGGAAGGCGCUGAUGGAACCAAAUUCUUCAUGCAUGGCGAUUAUCAACUGGCAUAUUGCCCGAUAGCUCAGAUCAUUGCGUUCGCUUUCCGCGAUGGAGCUUUUGCCAAUGCCGACCUCACACCAGAGCUCAUUUGGCGGCUACGAGUUCCAAGAGGCAGUUCAUCUCUUCCCCUCCGGUGGAAGCCCGAGAUUCUUAAUGUGCCUCUCCUUCGACGUCUUGAACGCACUCCAUACGGCUACAGACUCGAUGGGUCUUUGCCAAUGACCUAUGAUUCAAGUCGGCAGGCGCUCAAGGAGUUGAGUCGAGAUGCUAGAUUUGAAGACGAUAUUGGGCAUUACAAUUACCGCCGCUGGACGGCAAAUGAAGUCAACAAAAAUUUUACCAGCCAGGAGCGACAAAGGGUGCUCGGGCAGUCUGGUGACGCGGUGUUUGAAAAGCAUUACCAAUCACAAUUUAUUGCGCGCGACCUUCAGCAUGUCGUUCUUCUUCGGCCCUCCCAAGAAGGUCUGGUACGCUUCGCUGGGAGCAUGCUUAGGAAGAGAGAUUUAUCGGCACCAUCUGAUCUUACCGAAGCUCAUAAACGUGCUAUUUGCCAAAACCCUGAAAUUUUGCAACUGAGACGCGAGAAAAGAGAGCUUAUGGCGGAGAUGCGGUCCGUGGCUGGCACAAUCAAGAACGCCCGUGACACCUUUCCACACCUCUUCCAAAGGCAUGAGACUGUCAAAAAAGACCUGGCCAAACUUCGGAAAACAUUGGCGAUCGAAACUCGCGAGACAGCCAGAAAGGACUAUUUUAAUAAUGCUCCCGUGAUUGAAGUUGACCGACAGAUCAAGCAAAUGCUUCUCGGCGAAUCUGAUGUUGAGGAACGCGAUGCUGAUAGUUCCGCUGAAGAAGACUGGGAGCUCCCUAUCCCAGACUACGUAUUUCCUGAACGAGCUCGGCUUGUGGAGAACUUUUACGGUCCUGACGCAGAAGACUUCCAUGUGGACAAAUUACUUAGUCGACGCAUUCAGGUUACCAAGGACAUGGUUGCGCUUCUACUGCUUUGCGAGCCGAGCAGGCGAGGCAACCGUGUUAAUUGGGAUCUCGAUGAAGAGGCAAACAUACCUAUUGAACAGCUCGAGCAACUGGCGUCUGAUGAUGAUACGCAAAUAUGUCCAACAGAUGUUUGCAUCAUCUGCUUUGGUGAAUCUCGUCGCUCGGCGUCGAACCCUCCUCCGCAUAAAUUUCCUUCCAAGCGACCGGACUCACUUCGUCGUCAUCUCAUCGACUCUCAUCUGCUUCAUGCCCACGACGGGAUCAGCUGCAACUGGGAAGCAUGUCGCACUCUUCCCAAGUUUGCCAAAAUCACCGAAUUUUUAGCCCAUGCUAAUAAAGAACACAAAUACGAUAUCAAUAUUAAACUAUGUCAUCUCACCGAAAGGCCACGGAGAAUCGGCAAAGCACUGAAACUCCCGCCUCCUCUGUCGAUUUUGAUAUGA